CAUACGGAAUCGAAGAUCUGCAGACUCUAGAGUUCUAGAAAAUGAGUGGCAGAAGUGGUUGGGAUGGACUUCUGUUGGCCCUCGCGCUUGUUUCUUCGACAGGCCUACUGGCAAAAGAGAUUCCCCUGCAGCAGGUGCACGUGUUGGCUGGAGGAGACGCCCGCUUGCCGUGUGACGUGUCCUCGAUGGAGAGCGGCGACGCGGCUCAGUUGGUGCUGUGGUACCGCGAGGACCUGGGCACGCCCGUCUACAGCAUGGACGCGCGCGGCGGGCAGCUGCAGCGGUGGUCGGACCAGGAGGUGCUGGACGGCCGCGCGCACUUCUGGGCCGACCGGAGACCCGCAGAACUGCUCAUCCGGCGCGCGCUCGCCUCCGACGCCGCCGUCUACCGCUGCCGCGUCGACUUCCGCGUCGCCCAGACCCGCAACUCCAGGGUCAACCUCACCGUCAUCGUGCCUCCGACGCGACUGUUGAUCGAGGACGACGCCGGCCACAGGUUCACCUCCGUGGCCGGGCCCUUCUCGGAGGGCGACACGCUGCACCUGCGAUGCAUCGCCUUCGGUGGGUCGCCACCGCCCACGGUGCAGUGGUUCCGCGAGGACGAGCCUCUGGGCACGCUGGGGGUGGUGCUGCCGGACGGGUCAGCGGUGCGUGCUGACGUCACUCUGGAGGGCCUCCAGCGGGCGGACCUGAACACGAGGCUCACCUGCCAAGCAGCCAACACGGAGCUCACCGCGCCCAUCGAGGACUCCGUGCUCGUCGACAUGAACCUGCGGCCCCUGGACGUGCGUCUGCUGGGGGUGAGCCAGCCGCUGUCUGCCGGCCGCCGUUACGACCUGCUGUGCCAGUCCUCCGGGUCUCGGCCACCGGCGCGCAUCACGUGGUGGCUCAACGGACAACGCCAGCAACACAGUAAGCUCACGACGUCGGUGGACGGAAACACAACGACGUCAACUCUUUCUUUCGUGCCAAGCAAGGAGGACGACGGCCGCUUCCUCGCUUGCCAGGCUGAGAAUCCCAACGUCUACACUGACGUGCCAGAAGAUGGCGCCAAGCUCACCAUUCACUACGCCCCUGAGGUGACGGUCAGCCUCGGCCCGUCUCUGGACCCAACGGACAUCCGUGAGGGCUCGGAUGUGUACUUCGACUGCCGCAUCAAGGCGCAGCCCCAGGCGUUCAGGGUGCAGUGGCUGCACAACGGCCACCUGCUGCGGCCGGGCGCGGGGGUGGUGCUGAGCAACCUGAGCCUGGUGCUGCAGGCGGUGGGCCGCGCCGCUAGGGGCAACUACACCUGCGUCGCCUUCAACGCUGAGGGCUCCGGCCAGAGCCGGCCCUUCCCUCUCGACGUGCUAUGUCACAGUGUUGCAUGGGGGCACCGCAGCGACGAGGCGGAGCUGUGCUGGCCAGGGUCGUUGCUGUCAACACGCGCCGACAUCCGCUGCGAGGUAGACGCCAACCCGCCGGCCGGCGCCUUCCGCUGGGCCUUCAACAGCUCCGGCGGCGGCGACGAGCUGGCGGGCUCUGCCAGCAUCUCGUACACGCCGCACACCGACCUCGACUACGGCCACCUGCUCUGCUGGGCCGCCAACAGGGUGGGCCGGCAGGCGGCCGCCUGCGUCUUCCACAUCGUGCCCGCAGGUCGCCCGGACAAGGUGCAGAACUGCACGGUGGGAAACGUGACGGCGCACGCGCUGUCGCUCCGGUGCGCAGAGGGCUUCAGCGGCGGCCUGCCGCAGUCCUUCCUGCUGGAGGUCCGCGAGGACGACUCGGGCGAACUGCGCGCCAACCUGAGCUCCGGCGCGCCCACCUUCCACGUGCAGCAGCUGCGCGCCGGCGAGCUGCACCACCUCGCCGUCUUCGCGUACAACUCCAAGGGCCGCAGCGAGCCCGUCUUCCUCGCCGUCACCACCAUGGCGGCGCUCGAGCGCCAGCUCAAGGCCGGCCACCACGGGAACCCGCUCGCUGCCGCAGAGACCGCGGGCGGCGGCUCGUCGCUGAUGGCGGUGUGGCUGGUGCUGGCCGUGCUCGCCUCCAUGGUCGUGAUGGGCGUCGGCAUCGCGCUCGUGACGCGGCUGCUGUGCCGCUCGCAGCGCCACGACCACCCGCCGGCGCUGGGCCCGCGUGGCGACAACGGGGGUGGCGCCGCGGGGGCAGGGGCGGUGGCGGCGCUGCCGGGCGCGCGGCCACACUGCGUCGACAAGGCGGUAGGCGGCGCGCCGCCCGCGGGAGCCGCCAAGCUAAUAGACCCCGGGGGGGCCGACGACCCCGACAUCAUCUCGCACGCCGCCUACCCAGAUUUCGGAGCACAGAGCGUCCACCUGCCGACAAUACGAUCGCCUCCACCGGUGCAACUUCAGCGACGAAGGAGCGAAGACAUUUACAGGAGAACGGUGCGUAUAUCUGCAGAAAAACUGGAGGUGAUGUCGCCACACGCGCUGUCGUUGGCCACGUCGCGGACGUCGCUUCACGCACCAGCCUGUCGGCUCAGCGGCGCGGCCCUGGCCUGUUCUUCGGAGACGCUGCACGUGCGCGCCCACGAGAGCACCGUCUGA